GUUCAGACAGAUUGGCAGUCAGCUGGAGCUCGGGGAGAAUAACAGUUGCUUGUUUAUAUCUGUCGGGGAUUUUUGUCGCGGACAUAUUCUGUCGCUGCAUUUGUGGCACAUUUUUUUUCGUCUUUCAAAUCGCCACUGUGUUAAACCUCCUCUACAUUCUUUUACACGGAGGGAGAGCGGCGAUGCCGUGUUGCCUCCGCACACCUUUCUUUUAACAACAGGUGACGGUGGCUGUUGCUCACCCCAUCACCCCGUCUCUCUCUCUCUCUCUCUCUCUCUCUCUCUCUCUCUCUCUCUCUCCCUCUCCGUCAGCGUCCUGUCGCCGACUCCGAGGACAAGCCCGCAAACCCCGCGCUCUGUUGCCGCGGAGCACCGUGGUGUGGAUGACCGAGCCGUCGGCGCAGCGCGCCUGCGGCCGCCGGGCGGGCCGAUGCUAGGAGGAGCGCGGGGGGACACAGCGGCGCGGGUCGGCGAGGAGAUGUCGGCGCUGGCAUGCCUCUCCUUGGAGACCGUGUAGCGGUCGCGGGGGCGCACACGAGCGCGCACGGUCCGCGCGACUCGGCACACGCACGAGCGCGGCGACUUUCCAGCCCGACCGGCAGUGGCCCAUAUAUGGAUGGUGGGGUCGCAGCAUGCCCACCCCGUCGACCACCACUGCGCCGCAGGCUGCAGGGAGUAGCGGUGCCGCGGGAGAAGAGGGGCCCAUGUCUGCCGCCUGCGCCUCCUCUUUCCGGUUCGUCCCGGCGUUCUGCCUGGGCGUGGUGGCGGCGGUAGUGUUCCAGCUGGCCUGCGGGGGCCUGACCCUCACCUCCUUCUUCCUGAAGCUCUUCAUCUACGUGUCCUUCGCCCUGCUGUGCUUCCUGGCGGGGGGCUUCGUCCUGCUCGUCCGCCAGAGCCCCCUCAAAGUCAGCCGCUUCGACAGAAGCGCGAGGCCGUCGGCCGCAUGGCUGGAGUUCUUCGACAGGCUCAUGGGUCGUUUUUUGGUUCCGAUUCCCGAGUUGAGCCAGAGCAGGCGGGUGGUGGUGUCCCACAAUGUGGACAAAGCUCUUAAGGAAGUGUUUGACUACACCUACAGAGACUACAUCCUGUCGUGGUACAUCCCUUUGAGUCGCGACGAGGGACAAUUGUACUCCAUGCUGUCGGAGGACUGGUGGCAGAUGAUCGGGCAGCUGCGAUCAAGGCUUGCUGACAUAGACCUUGUCAAUGUGGUGUGUUAUGACAGCAUCCGUAUCCUACAUACACACUUCACUGACCUCAAGGCUGCAUCUGCAAGACCGGAGGAGUGUGCCCGGCCGUUUCCUCUCCAUCCCUGCUUGGUCAGUCCCGACUCAGAGUUGGCCUUCCUCCGCUGCGUGGCCAGAAUCCUGCUGCUGUGUCUGCUGCCACAAAAGGACGCCAAGUCGCACACACUACGCUGCUGCCUCACAGAAGUCAUCACUACUAAAGUGUUGAAGCCUUUGGUAGAAGUCCUCAGUGAUCCAGACUCCAUCAACCGGAUGCUGCUGUCUCAGCUGGAGCAGAGGGAGCAGCAGGCUGAGCAGCAGAAGAAAGCCUACACCUACGCUGCCUCCUACGAAGAUUUCGUCAAACUGAUAUCAACUUCUGCUGAUGUCAAUUUCCUCAAACAACUCAGGUAUCAGAUAGUGGUAGAGAUUAUUCAUGCCACCACCAUCAGCAGCCUGCCUCAGCUCAAGAAGCAGAAAGAGCGAAAAGGUAAAGAGUCUGCAGCCAUGAAGGCCGACCUGCUGAGGACCAGAGAUAUGAAACGUUAUAUCAAUCAGCUGACUGUUGCUAAGAAACAAUGUGAGAAACGGAUCCGCCUCCUCGGCGGACCAAACUAUGAAAAUACGGAGGAGGGAGGGACUGAAGACAACGACGAGCCUCAAAGUCAGAAAAUUCUCCAGUUUGAUGACAUCUUGUGUAAUCCAGGUUACAGGGAGCAUUUCAGAGUUUACAUGGAGCGUGUUGAUAAAAGAGCUCUGAUUAGCUUCUGGGAACUGGUGGAAACUUUGAAAACUGCCAACAAGAAUGAGGUUCCCCAAAUCGUUGGGGAGAUCUAUCAGAAGUUCUUUGUGGAGAGCAAAGAGAUUCCAGUGGAAAAGUUUCUGCUCAAGGAGAUCCAACAGAGUCUGGUGGGGAACAGAGGAACACAAGUCUUUGUCAGACUACAGGAACAGGUCACUGAGACGAUGAGAGAACGCUAUUACCCAUCCUUCCUGGUUUCUGACCUCUACGAUAGGCUGAUCAGACGAGACGAGCAGCACACCCAAUCGCAGUGUAGCACAGAGGAAAAGGAUGAAGUGAGCCAGGGUCUCGAUGGGGGAGAGGACGUGUGUGAUGAAGGCAGCAAAGCAAUCAAUGAGCAGGCCAGCUAUGCUGCUACUAAACUCCGUCAACUGUACGACAAACUGGAGUACAAGCGCCAGGCCUUGGGCUCUAUCCAGAAUGCACCAAAGCCAGACAAAAAGAUAUUGAGCAAACUAAAGGAGGAGAUCGGAGCCAUGGAGAGAGAGCACGGUGAACUUCAGCAACACAUCACCAGGACAGACUGGUGGUGUGAAAAUCUGGGGCACUGGAGGGCUACUAUCACUACUGCUGAGGCUACAGAGGAAGGUGGCGAGACUGUAGCCUGUUACAGUGUGUGUGUUAGCCUGGUAGAAGGAGAGGAGGCGGCCAACAGUCGCUGGAGUGUCCUGAGGAAACUCACUGAAUUCCAGAUGCUGCACCGCAAACUCACUGAGUGUUUUCCAUCAUUGAAGAAACUCCAGUUACCUUCCCUGAGUAAACUUCCCUUCAAAUCCAUUGACCAGAAGUUUCUAGACAAGAGCAGAACCCAGCUCAAUGCCUUUCUCCAGCGUCUGCUGACCGAUGAGCGAUUGUGCCAGUCGGAGGCUCUCUAUGCGUUCCUUAGCCCGUCUCCAGAGUAUCUCAAGGUGAUGUCAAUCCAGAAGAAAUCGUCUUUCUCUCUGGCCUCCUUCCUGGAGAAGCUGCCUGGAGACUUCUUCUCCCAUACUGAGGAGGAGGCCGAGGAUGACAGUGAUUUGUCUGACUAUGGCGACGAGGGCGACGGGAGGAGAGACGCGUUGGCUGAACCCUGCUUCAUGCUCAUCGGGGAGAUCUUUGAACUCAGAGGAAUGUUUAAGUGGGUGAGGAAGACUCUAAUUGCACUAGUCCAGGUGACAUUUGGACGAACCAUCAACAAACAGAUUCGAGACACGGUGAACUGGAUCUUCUGUGAACAGAUGUUGGUGUGUUACAUCAGUGUGUUCAGGGAUACCUUCUGGCCCAACGGGAAGCUGGCGCCACAUGUCAGGGUCCGAACUGACUCUGAACGCAGUGACACUAAGGAACGGGCUCAACAGAAACUACUUGACAAUAUCCCAGAGGCACUUACAAAUUUAGUUGGCCAGCAGAACGCCCGCUAUGGAAUCAUUAAGAUCUUUAACGCCCUGCAGGAGGGAAGUGCCAACAAACAUCUUCUCUAUGUUUUGAUGGAAAUGUUACUCAAGGAACUGUCUCCUGAACUCAGCGCAGAGGUGGACAACAUCUGAAGCUAAGGCAAGAUGAAGCUGGUUCAUCUUGCCCUUUCUGUAGCUGACCAAUCACAAACUGCCACGCUAUACAGGGACACAGACGGGCUUUCGGUUAGAGCUCAGACAGAAAGCAGCAGUGUUAGACAGAGCCGAGAGCCGAGAGCCGAGACACAUGCUGAUCCUGUCCGAAGAACUUUGCUGUGAAGCGAUGAAAAGCUUGGCUGACGGCAGGAACGAUAAUGGGCUGAUGUUGGACUUUGUUGUGGUGCAGAUCGAAAUGUGUCCGUCUAAACGGACAUAACCACAUGGAGUCUGACUUCCUCCUAUUUAGACACCAGUCUAACGUGACAGGUCACAUUUGCACCAGAAAUCCCACAUUUACACGAGAACAAAAAGUCUUUUGACAUCAUGUCUAAUCUGCAGAUUUCAAUCUUAUUUUAAUAGCACUGAAAAAACAGAUCUGUACUGCAACAAAUAACAUCUUUUGGUCCUGUUUCAAUUUUGAUGUUCUAAAAUGACUAGGCAGAACAAUGUGUGAAAGUAAAACAACUUGAUUUUUUGAUUACCAGUUUCCUGAGCUGAUAACCUACAGACCGUUAUUAAAUGCAGCAGACAAAGACUGCUGAAGUUCCGAUUUUUCUGUUGCCCUCUGAAGGCAACCGGUGUCAUGGCCGAUGGACCUCUGAACAUUCCUCCUACACACAACCUGAGCAACAACAAUUGUGUUUUGUGAUUCUUGUUAAGGCUUAUAAUUGUGCAAUAUAAUGUCAUGUAAAAGUAAUUGUGAUGAUUUUAUUUAUGAUUAUUAUUGAUAGAUUUUAUUUUUACCAAAAAUUGUUUAGAGAGCAUUUAUAUAAGCAAUAAAUUGCAAACAAAAAGUU